UGCGGAGAGCAACCACCUAGCGGUCGGAAAGUGCAUUUUUCAGAGCCCUAGGAAUCCGAGCUGACGGAUCCCUGACAGGAGCGACUGACUCCUAGUUGUCCCCCUAACCCCUAGGGGCCUUCGGCCCCAACCCCAUCAUGACAUCUCCCCUGUGCAGGGCGGCCUCCGCCAACGCCCUGCCUUCUCAGGACCAGGUUUCGACGCCCUCUUCCAAGGUCAAGGGCAGGGAGGCUUCGGGCAAACCCAGCCACCUCCGAGGCAAGGGAGCAGCCCAGGCCUGGCCCCCCGGCCGUUCCAAGGGAGGAUCCUUCCACAGCGGUGCCGGGAAGCCCUCUGUGCACUCUCAGGUGGCUGAGUUACAUAAAAAGAUACAACUGUUAGGUAAGAUGGCUCCAGAGGGUACAGAGGGUCAGGGGUCAACACAGGCCCUGGAGCACCUAGACCACCAGCUGAGGGAGAAGGUGAAGCAGCAGAACGCCCUGCGGUACCAGGUGGUGUUGCGGAAGAGGCGGCUGGAGGAGCUCCAGCUGCAGCACAGCCUGCGCCUUCUGGAGAUGGCGGAGGUGCAAGACAGCCACACCGAGGUGGCCAAGACCAUGCGGAACCUGGAGAACCGCCUGGAGAAGGCCCGGAUGAAGGCGCAGGAGGCCGAGCACAUUACCAGCGUGUACCUGCAGCUCAAGGCCUAUCUAAUGGACGAGAGUCUUAACUUGGAGAACCGGCUGGACUCCAUGGAGGCUGAGGUGGUGAGGACCAAACAUGAGCUGGAGGCACUGCACUUGGUGAACCAAGAGGCCCUCAAUGCCCGGGACAUUGCCAAGAACCAGCUGCAGUACCUGGAGGAGACCUUGGUUCGAGAGCGCAAGAAGCGAGAACGCUACAUAAGUGAGUGCAAGAAGCGUGCUGAGGAGAAGAAACUGGACAACGAGCGCAUGGAGCGCAAGACGCACCGUGAGCACCUACUGCUACAGUCUGAGGACACCACCCAGGACAGCCUGCAUGCCAAGGAGGAGGAGCUGCGGGAGCGCUGGAGCAUGUACCAGAUGGAGGUGAUCUUUGGCAAGGUCAAGGACGCCACUGGCACUGCCGAGACGCACUCGUUGGUGCGGCGGUUCGUGGCCCAGGGCGACACCUUCGCGCAGUUGGAGACGCUCAAGAACGAGAAUGAGCAGACGUUGGUGAGGCUGAAGCAGGAGAAGCAACAACUUCAGCGGGAGCUGGAAGACCUCAAGUACUCGGGGGAGGCCACGCUGGUGAGCCAGCAGAAACUGCAAGCCGAGGCGCAGGAGCGUCUGGAGAAGGAGGAGCGGCGGCACGCCGAGGCCCAGGACCAGCUGGAGCGCGCCUUGCGGGCGAUGCAAGUGGCCAAGGACAGCCUGGAGCACCUGGCCAGCAAGCUGGUCCACAUCACUGUGGAGGACGGCCGCUUCGCGGGAAGGGAGCUGGAUCCCCAGGCAGAUAACUAUCUGCCAAGCCUUCUGGGCCUCGUGGAGGAAAAGCUGCUGAAACUGCAGGCGCAGCUCGGGAGCCACGACGUGCAGGAGAUGCUGCGCCACGUCGCUGACCGCGAGUUCCUCGCCAGCUUAGAGGGAAGGCUGCCCGAAUACAACACGCGCAUCGCCCUGCCCCUUGCCACUCCCAAGGACAAGUUUUUUGAUGAAGAGAGUGAGGAGGAGGACAAUGAGGUAGUGACCCGCGCAUCGCUAAAGAUCCGUUCCCAGAAAUUAAUUGAAAGCCACAAGAAGCACCGUCGCUCUCGGAGGACCUAGAGUCGCCCUGACACCCACCUGGCGGCCUCCGUCGGUGCUCCCGAUCCCUCUGGGUCUAGCGCAGGCCCCACGGGGCCCCUUCAAGGGCUGAACGCGGCCCGGACAGGGAGCUGAGGUGGCCAGCGGCACCCGGAGGGGAGGAAGGGGCCGGGCCAGACAUUCCCACAGUAAAUCUCCCCAGCCGGGUCUGCCCUGGCCUCAGAGUUGCGCAAUAAAGGUUACUGACCAUG